CCCGCGCCAUGUACGACCCCGAGCGGGGCUGGAGCCUGUCCUUCUCGGGCUGCGGCUUCCUGGGCGUCUACCACGUGGGGGUGACCCGCUGCCUGAGCGAGCGCGCCCCGCACCUGCUCCGGGACGCGCGCAUGUUCUACGGCGCCUCGGCCGGGGCGCUGCACUGCGUCACCUUCCUGGCGGGGAUGCCGAUGGACCGCGUGGUGUACUCGAUCUUGGACAUGGUCCGCGCAGCCCGCAGACGGAACCUGGGCACCCUGCACCCUGCCUUCCACAUGAGCCGCUUCCUCCGAGGGCAGCUGCAGAAGAACCUCCCCGACAACGUGCACCAGCUGGUGUCCGGCCGGCUGGCCAUCUCGCUCACCAGGGUGGCCGACGGCCAGAACGUGCUGGUCUCCGACUUCCACUCCAAAGACGAAGUUGUGGACGCCCUGGUCUGCUCCUGCUUCAUCCCGUUCUACUGCGGCAUCUUUCCUCCUUCCUUCCGAGGCGAGCGCUACAUGGACGGGGGAGCCAGUGACAACAUGCCUUUCUCGGAGGCCAAGACCACCAUCACCGUGUCCCCCUUCUACGGCGAGCAGGACAUCUGCCCGAAGGCCAAGUCCACCAACUUCCUGUUCGUGGACUUCACCAAACUCAGCUUUCGGGUCUGCGCACAGAACGCUUUCCUGCUCAGCGCUGCGCUCUUCCCCCCGGACCUCAAGGUGCUGGCGGAGAUCUGCUUCCAGGGGUACCUGGAUGCCCUGAGGUUCCUGGAGGAGAAGGGCAUCUGUGACAGGCCUCAACCCGGCCUGAGCCUCUCCUCUGGGAACUCGGCCCCUGGGGGCCCAGAGAGUCCCCCGCCAGCUGUGCCCGGGGCCAGCCCCAAGCCGGACCCCCUGCUGGACCACCUGCAGGCCCCCCUGCUGCCCUGGAAUGAGAGUCUCGAAAGUCUCGUGGAGACGCUGUCACCGAAGCUCACGAUGGCCAUGCGGGAAGCCUUGCGGGAGCCCGACGGGUACCUGAAUAGGUUCCGUAACCUCCUGCCCGUGAAGGUGCUGUCCUACACCACGCUGCCCCUGGAGUCGGCCAUCGGGGUGGCCCAGCGGCUGGUGACGUGGCUCCCCGACGUCCUGGAUGACAUCCAGUGGCUGCACUGGGCCGCCUCCCACGUCUGCUCCCAAGUGCUCACGCGGCUGCUCCCCGCGGCCAGAUCCGAGACGCCCCCUGGUGGCCAAGAGCCUCCCAGCACCCGCCGGAACCCCCAGGGCGCCGCUGUCCUCCCUACCCCCCACUGGACUCUGAUGCUGGCCCUGGGGACUGUCCAGUGGGGUCCAAAGUCGAGGCUGCCCAGCGCGCGGUGCUCUAGGCCAGCCAGACCCUGCUGGGCAGCAGGGUCUCUGCGGGGGUGGGGGGCGACUUCUGCGCCCCGCCGUGUCCUGCGGAGACGUUCUGAGGCCCCCAGGGAGGUGAGACCCAGCGUGUUCUCGAAGGGUGGCUGGGCCCUUCCGGGCGGCGAGGUGGCCGUGGCUGUGACGUGUCCCUGCAGCUGAGCCAAACGGACAGUGUUACCGAGACCAAAGCACCCGACCGGCCGAGGACACCCAGCACUGAAGUGCGACAGGAAGUGGCCAGCGACCCCAGUGCAGACACCACGGGGAGGGUCUCCCCCGGGGCCCCCCAGCCCUCGGCCUCCCUGUGUCCUACAGAGGGGCCUGGAGUGGCCGGGGCAGGGCCCUGGUCCCGUCUAGGGGCCUGGAAGUCGGGAAUUCCAUGUCCCCCCUGUUGGCACUGAGCCCCCAGCCCUGCUCGGGACGGACAGUGCUCCUGAGUGCUGCUCUGUGAUGCCUUGUGGACCCAGCCCGGGUACUUGGGAGUUUUGUAUAAAAGAGGAGACAUUUGUGAGGGUUCACACGGGAUGUGCGAUUGUCGAGAUCUGACUGGAACAGCCUGAAAGACAAAAAUCCACCCCACCCCCGUCACGCGCACGUGUGCGCACACACACACACACACACACACACACACCACGCAUGAGUGCGUGCAGGCACCUAUGCACAUGCUGAUACAUGCGGUCGUGCACACGCACGGGUGUACGCAUGCAAACACAUGCACACACGUGCGUGUGUGUGAGUGUGUGUGCGCCACUAUGAGAGCUAUGAGGGGCGUUCGCGGGGCUCCCCCCUCCAGUAGGUCUCCCCAGCGU